GUUAUAUGCAAGAAACCCACUGUGAAAUCAAUGUCAGAUAUAGCAUCGUAUUGUACAUUUGCUUGAAUGUGGUGGGUUUGCUGUGCCACACCAUUGACUCGAAUGGCAAAUUGACAAGCCGCACAUAAUUUGGUGAAAUAAGAGUAAAAACAAACGAAAAUGGCGCAAAACGCACCAGACUGUAAGGACACGCAGGAUUUUCAAUUUAAACUGCACGACAAGUUUGUGGCGUUCAAAAAAUGCGGUGAGCCCCGCAGCAAUGUGAACCUUUUGGCGGUCUCCAGCAGCCGGGGAUUGCUCUUUGCCGGCAGUCCAACGCAGCCGGAACUUAAGGUGAUCAUUGUGAAGGAUUUGGCCAAUGCGAAAAGCACAGGCCAACAGCCGCAGGCGCGUCUUGUGCCACUGCCCAGUAUUCCGAAUUACAUUGCCUGCAGCUCCGAUGGCAACCUGCUGGCCGUGAACCACACUCAGAACGGCACCAGCCUGCUUAGCAUAUAUGCGGUGCCAACGUUCAUGACCCCUGAUGUACGUCCUGUUUACAAUAUUCGACUGGCCGCCGAGGAUCACGUGCACGCCGUCCAGCUGCUCUGGAAUCCCGUGCUGCCCAACAGCCUGGCUGUUGUUUUGAGCAACGGAGCACUCGGGAUGUAUGCCCUGAAGGAGGGCGGCAACUUUGAAAUGCACUCGCUUGACAAGAAUCAACAAGUUAAAUGCGGCUGUUGGUCGCCUAAGGGCAAACAGAUAGUUCUUGGUUUUCCUGGCGGAAAGGUGCAGCAGUUCAAACCGGAUCUGACUCCGGCCAAGACGCUAUUGUGUCCUCCGAAUAUACACGAUGCCCCCUUUGACACCAUUGCCAUCCAGUGGCUGUCGACUUUCCAGUUUGCGGUGAUCUUUCUCCAGCAUGGGGAGGACUGUAACCCCUCGCUGUACAUCCUAAAUGCUCCCAAGGCAGGUGCGCCCAGCUAUACUAACUACUAUGACAUCUGCUACAGCAUGAACGGCCCGAGGAACCAUCAGUUUCUCUUUAGCCAUGUGCCCCAGUGGAAUCUGCUGCUCGUAGUCUCGGCCAAUGGCGUGGAGGUGGGCAUCAUGGGAACAUCAGAAGCCGGCGAUACACCCACUUGGCAGCAGUUUACAUUGCUGGAUGAGGCCCGCAUUGAAAUGCCCCUAAGUGAGGACAAGGAGGAGACCUUCCCGCUGGGCUUUGCCUUCGACACCUCCUCAACGCACCAGCUGACGAUAAACGAGCAAAAGCUGCAGACCAUGCCCAUGGUGCAUGUUUUAAGUUCAGAUGGAUUAUUGCUCUCCUUCGACUUUCUUAAUGUGCUGCCGACAGCGGUGUCUGUUUGUUCGCCACCUCCUCCAGUGGCAGAUACUUCUGGGCAGUUCAGGUCGCUUAGCACGCUGCUUCCUAUUGAGGAAAAGGAUCAGCCAGCUGUGGCCGCCAGUCCGCCCUCCAAGGCUCCUGCUGCAACUCCUGCUGCUUCCUCUGACAUAUCCUUUGCCUUUACACCGAAUACCGUGACAUCAACUCCAGCUCCAUCGAAGGAUAAGCCCCCAUCGCUGUUUUCUGGCUUUGGAGCAGCGGCACCGAAGGCACCUGCUCCGCAGCUAUCCUUUGGCACUGCUCCGACUUCCUCUCCACUUUCGUUUGGUGCUCCAGCUGCCAAUGCAGCCAAGCCUACAACACCAUUUGGAGGAUUUGGCACGCAGGCAACGGCUCCGGCUAUGGGUACCAUGUUUUCUGCUCCAGGAACAAAUACCUUUGGUGGAAUGGCAUUAAACAAACCAGCUGUUAACAGUGUGACACCUCGAACGAUGGCAUCAGGGCCAACAGCUCCAGCAGCUGCUCCUGCUUCUGCUCCUGCAAACAAACCACUAUACACGGUUCCUCCAACAUUCACAGCAGUGGACACAAAACCAGCUACAUCAGCGCCACCAACUGCAGAGGAAAGUCUUAAGCCUGAUGACACCGAGCCCAUUAUCAAGGACAUGAUUGCCCUACAAAUUGAGGCCUUCAGCCAGGAUAUCCAAAAGCAGAAGGACCAGACCAUGCAACUUCUCAAAGGCAUUGCAGCUCCAUCUGCUUUGAGGGCGUACGCCAAGAGACUGGAUGAUCUCCAGGAGCUAAAUGAACAAGCCAAGGAUGUGGAGUUUGAGUUGGAUGUACAGGGAUUGCGACAUGGUCUUAAUGAGGCCUAUGCCAUCGUAGCAGAGUGCCGUGGAAAACUGGAGAUUUAUAGAAAACCAGAGAUUACGCGUUUAAUGAACUCAAGCUCCUGUGAUCCAGCAGGCCGUCGCAUGUUAGCGCGUCUUCAGAGCUACGUGGCCGCCAAUGAGGCCCAGCUGCGUCUUGCCCAACAGCAUGUCGAUGUGCAGUGGGAACAGUUUCAGGAUGUUGUGCGGCGCAAUUCAAAGUCUCGCAUGCACAUGCCUUGCCUGGAGGGAAUCUAUCAAAGACUGACAAGACUUCAAAACCUCGCUUCUGACCAGCGAAUUCUUCAGAACAACAUCAAGGCUAAACUUAAGGAGCGCGGAUUGCUUCAGGCCGCACUGCUCGACCAGGAGAAAAGUCGCACCCGCACCAACGAAGCAGUGGAUACAUUGGCCGACUCCAUUCUGUCGAUGAGUCUUAGCCAGAUAGUGGACUCUAAUGCAGCCAAGCUUACUCAACAAAGACUAAAAAAAAUCCGUAACGUUGUGCAGCUGCAAAAGAUCAACGUUAUUUGUCCACAGCGUCCGGAUCGAGUGGGGCUCAAGUCGGAGGUUAUUUUGGAAACCAAACGUAGGGCGGAGCAGAUUAAGAAGGCAGCAGCCAAGCCUAUAACAGCCAACAAAUACACCCAAGCAGCAGUGGCUCCGCCUGCCAAACCAGCUGUGGUAUCCACGCCAGCUGUAGCAUCUAUGCCACAAGCUAAUCUUGCAGUGGCUUCUCCGCUGCCAAAACCCAUGCCAUCUAAACCGUCCCUUGUGGAAAAACCUGGAGUGCCCACACAACCCACUACUCCAGUGGCUACGUCAUUUUCCUUCAGCCAAAGCAGUCCGUUUGUAAAGACAUCUACUGUGACGCCAACGACAAAUACUCUGACUCCUGGAGAAGCAGCCAAGCCGGGUCUUUCCAUGUUCGGUGGCUUGGGCAGUACUAGUGGCAGCUUUAGUUUUGGCGGUGGUGGUGUCAAGUCGGCACUCUCAUUUGGAACAGGAUCGCCAGCUGUGGCAGCUUCCACACCAAAACCAAACCCGUUAGCAGCGGUCGAAAAACCUGCACCAGAGCCGACUAAGCCCAAAGAACAGCAAUCAACUCUAGAAUUCAAGGCGGUGAAACCCGAAACUGAGGAAUCAAAACUGCCACCCCAAACACCAAAGGCUGAAACAGAAAACAAAUCCUUCGGAUUUGGCGGAUUUACAGGUACUGGAGGUGCUGUCGGUAAUGCUUCCAGCUCCCCGUUCAGUUUUGGCGGGUUGGGCUCAUCUCUGGGCUUCGGGGGAUCAGCCGCAACGGUUCCAAAAUCGGAACCUGUCAGCACAACAGCCACUAGUGCAGGACCAUCAGCUUCAACUGCACCAUUUGGCAUGUUCUCGGCAGCUUUGACAAAACCAUCGAACUCUGAACCUAUCAACACAGUGACUAGCAGCACAACCAGCAUUACCAGCAAGCCCACGCCCGUAAUAGCUUCGAUCAGUGCAACUGAUGCUCCUUCCGUGACCACAACAAAAGCGGUGACCAGCAGCUCGGAUCCUAUUGGUGGCCUCUUCAGCUCUGUGAACAUCUGCAAGCCCAACACUCAAGCAGAUACCACCAAACCAGCCAACAUUUUUGGGGGUCUCAACAGCGGAUCAUCCUCUGGUACCUUUUCGUUUGGCGGUGGAACUGCGGAUGCCUCAAAGGGAUUAUUUGGUAGCAUCAACCCAGUGUCUACAGCCACAACAGCUCCCACAAGUGUGACGGAGGCGAAAACCAAGACUGAUCCUAUUUCAACCACCGCAUCAGCUAACUCAACUACUACCACCACGACUGCUGUAUCAAGUCCAGCAGUAAUUCCUCCGGCAGUAACCCCAGCAGUUCCCGCAACAUCUAGCACAACGGUAACAUCCAGCGCUGCUGUUCCUGGCAGCGCGUUCUCCUUCUCAAAUGCAUUCAGCAAUUUAAGUGCGGGAGGUGCUGCAGCUCCAACUACUGCCGCGCCUGCUCCCUUAGCUGCCAACAGCUCCACCGCAACUACCGCCAGUAACUCGUCGACCUCAGUGUUUGGUGGUGGCUUUGCAGCAGCAACAUCAACAGCGGCUCCGGUAGCUAAUCCCUUCCAAUCAGCUGCAAAAAGUCCCAUUUCGAGUGGAAACAUUUUUGGCAGUAUACCCAAGCCGGAUACCAGCGUUUUUGGAGGAGCUACUGCUACUACUGCUCCUUCAAAUACCACGGCUGCGGCAACACCAGCUGCUGCAGCAGCUGCACCACCAGCAGGUCUCUUUGCGUCGGCCGCGAUUAGCAAUCCUUCGCCGUUUGGAAGUCCCACGACUGGAGCACCAGCUUCUGGCGGAAACAUUUUUGGUCAAGCUGUUAAGCCCAGUGUCUUUGGGCAACCAGCACAAACAGGCGAUAGCGGAGGAUCUAUUUUUGGUGGCGGAUCAGCCAGUUCACCUUUUGGAUCGAGCUCAAUUUUUGGUGGAAGUAAUGCGCAGAGCGCAGUCGGUGCCCCGACUGCCGGAAGUACUUCAGUCUUUGGCCAAAAUGUGUUUGGUCAAUCAGCAGCAGCUGCACCGGCAGCAGGUGGAAAUAUAUUCUCCAAUCCCGUCGGCUCCCCGCAAGCUUCUGCCUUUGGUGGCGGAGGAAACUCGAUUUUCGGUUCACCAGCAACCGCUGCAGCUUCGCCUGCCUCUGGCGGAUCGAUAUUUGGCGGUGGCAGCAGCUCUGGUGGAUUUGGCUCCUUCACGCAGACAACACCAGCUCAGGGUGGCUUUGGUGGUGGAUUUGCCCAGAGCGGCGGAGGAUCUGUUGCCCAGACAGGUUUUGGAUCACCUCAAACCCCACAGCAACCAUCGACACCUGGUGGCUUUGGGGCCAAGCCCGUCUUUGGUGGAUCCCCGGCAUUCGGAGCAAGUCCGACCUUUGGGGGAGGUGCCACCUUUGGCAGUCCAAAGGGAUUUGGUGGAUUUGGCGGUGCGACCCCAGUAGCCUCCCCUCCAGCCUUCGGUGCUGCUGCAAAGCCGACACAAGGAAACAUUUUUGAAACGUUGGGUGGACAGGAGUCGGGACUCUCCUUCGGAAAUCUUGCUCAGACAGGAAACUCAAAUACGCAGAAACCAGCCUUUGGCGGAUCGAGCUUUAUGAAUUAUCGUUGAGUUAAUAUUAAUAAUAUACGUGUUGCUUGUUCAGUUUCCAUGAGAUAAGAAUACCACUUAAAACUAAAUCAUUAUUAAAAGUAGCAAAAACUGUGUUUUUUUAA